AUGUCGUACACUUCACUUUCGUGCUUACAGAACAGCGUGUUCUUCGGGCCGUGCGUGGCUUGCCCGAUGAUGCUGCUGGCAUCAUUCGGUCUGGGCUACGAGGAGGACGAGAUCCCCGGCAUCAUCCGGCUGGGCAUGAACUUCAGUUACCUGCGGCACGGCGUCGAGGCGCUCGUCAUGGCCGUCUACGGCAACGGCCGCGGCCGGCUGGAGUGCCCCAAAAACGAGGACUACUGCGAACUCCGGGACCCGUCGGCCCUGUUCAAGACGGUCGGCAUGUCCCAGGUGACAUACUGGGGGUCGAUGAGCGCCCUGUGUGGCAUGUUCCUCGCGUUCAAGGUGGCGUCGUACGUGAUGCUCCGGUGGAGGCUCAGCACCAAACCGUCGCUGCUGCUCAAGCUCGGGUUUGUCGGCCGUUUCAUCAAGGCCAACUUUAACAUUCCUCGCUGA